AGCGCAGUGGAACAAGAUCACAUUUACGGUUUUCCUUCCCUUAGCUACGGUUAGUUUUAUCCAUACCGGGUCGAUCGUCUUUCGUACAGACAGAUAACAGAUAAGUGCACGCGCAUAAUUUCUAAAUGUUAUUGCAGAAACACUCUAAGGUCGAUUGGAUCGUUAUCGGGCUUAAAUGCGGGGGUGGCUAAGCAGCUCGACAUAUACCCAGAGGGGCUCGUUACUUGCCACCGAACUAGUGUUGUGGAGAUCCGUUUGUUUACAUUGGAAAUUGGCAACGUCGGCCGGUGGUCUUCACCAAAAUCGUUUGAAAUCGGCGACUUCCUUAUAGUCGGCCGAUUUCGGCCAAUCGCGCAAUGAGAAUAAUUGAUUAUUUCUACACGAAUGGGGGUACACGAAAAGUGUUAACCAAACAUAGGACAAAACUCAUCUCACCACGGUGAGAUUGGGAGGAUACAGUUGAAGUGCGUCCGAGAAUCAGUAUCAUUCGAACAGCCGUCGAGGCGAAAAGGAACUGCUUGCUGCACCAACCUGAGAACAUACCGGAAGAAAUUCAAAAAAACCAAACCGAAGAGAAGCACUUGCUAGACGUUAUAUUACAUUAACCCAAAUUCGAACUCACACGAGGACGGUGAAAUGUGCAAGGAGUUUUGCUAGCGACAUGGAAGCCAAGAAAGAACAUCUGCAUAACCCGGAACUGACUGACAGUUUCGGUGACUAUUGGAAGUUGGGUAAAUCAAAACAUGAUAAGAAAUAUAACGAUUUCCACGAACUGCAGGCCGACUUCAAGGAACUGCGCUUUAAGAAUAAAGCUAAAACCAAGAAAAUGAUGAGCAAAGGCCGCAGAAGAAAGAGACGCAAGAAAUCGAAAUUCCACUUUGAAGGAGAAACAUUCAAAGAUCCGGAUCCGUAUCAGCUGGCGGUCCGGAAAACGCAGUAUGGAAAACAAAGUAACAAAUUUGUUUUCGAAGGCGAAACAUUUAAAGAUCCAGACCCGUACGGUUUGGCCAUUCGGAAGAGCUCUGGCAGCAGCAUUAGUGACAAGGAUGUACGGUCCGAAUACAUGACCCAGUUGCAUCACGCACAUCCUGGCCUGGUUCAUGGUAGUACAGAGUAUUGCAACAGGACUGCGUAUGUUGGAAAGCUGACCGAUGACGAAGACGAAGCGGAUAGCUGCAAUUACGACGAUGAGGGCGGAUGCUUUAAUCGGGCAGCUUUGGCACAAUUUCUGGCAGUUGGGGUGAAGAACGUGCUGCUUCUUGGGUACGGAAUGACCUUGGGCUUUCCAACCAUCGUCAUUCCGGCCAUUCAAGGAGGUGAAGGUCGUGGACCUAGUAUGGAAAAGGGUUUUACACUCAGUAAAGAGGAAAUAUCCUGGCUCAGUUCGAUUAAUCUCAUCUGCGUACCGUUGGGAUGUGUGUUCUCCGGAAUGCUAACUCAACCGAUUGGAAGACGACGAGCUAUGCAGAUAGUUAACAUUCCGAUGUUCAUUGCAUGGAUUCUAUUCCACCUGGCUGAAGACGUACAUUUCCUGUAUUGCGGUCUGGCUCUGGCCGGCUUCAGUGGCGGCCUGUCCGAAGCACCGGUUCUCACUUACGUAGCUGAAAUCACUCAACCACGAUUCCGAGGUAUGCUAGCCGCUACGGGAUCAACGUGCGUUAUUCUCGGUGUACUGAUUCAGUUCCUCAUGGGCAGUUUCCUACGGUGGCGAACCGUAGCCCUGUGCAGUGCCUGUCUUCCGAUUAUCUCGUUCACUCUGCUGUUCAUCGUUCCCGAAAGUCCCGUAUGGUUGGCCGGAAAGGGCAAACUUCAGGAAGCUAAGCAGGCACUGGCCUGGCUUCGGGGAUGGGUGCCGGAGGAACGUAUAGAGCAAGAAUUCAAAGAAUUACAGACACACCUAGAGAAAAAUGUAGAACUUCAUAAGCAUGACACUCUAGUGAAAAAGGUGAAACUGUACACUAGCCGACCGUUCCUGAAACCGUUUGCUCUCAUCAGUCUGUGUUUCUUCAUAGGGCACUUCUCCGGGAUGACAACGCUGCAAACCUACGCUGUACAGAUUUUCCACACGCUGAAGGCACCCAUCGACAAGUACUACGCAACGACACUGCUAGGAGCAGCAGAACUGCUCGGGACCCUGUUCUGCGUUGGCCUAGUGCGAUACAGUGGCAAACGUCCGCUGGUGUUCGUAUCAACCAUCGGUUGCGCCAUCUGCUUUUUCUCAGUGGCAAGCUAUGCCUAUGUCCUACACAUGAUUCCCGGACCUUCGGUGAACAACGUUGUGGCCAAUGUUUCAGCCAUCAAAACAGAUACCCGGGUUAUACCGUUGAACCAUACGGAAGUCCUUUCGAUCAUACAGGAUGACCACUUGGCUGCCUUGGUUCAAAACUUCACCAACGACACUUCCAGCAUGCAAGAUCGCAACGGCUCCGCCGUUAUCAGAUACAACAACCUAAACUUUACACCCUUUUACAUAAACGGUUCGUAUGACGAUACCGUCAACAAAGACAUCCGCUACGGCGAAUACGUCCGGACAGUAUUUCCCAAAGAUGUUCUAGUCAAAAUUCCAAAUGCCAACGAAAACAAGUAUCUAUGGUUACCGCUGACGCUCCUGUUGGGAAGUGCUUUCCUAACUCACAUGGGAAUACGAUUGAUACCAUGGAUGCUGAUUGGUGAACUGUUUGCACCGUCCAUUCGAAGUGGAGCUUCUGGAAUUGCCGGUGGAACGGGAUACAUUUUUGGAUUCCUCGCAAAUAAAUUUUUCCUAAGGAUGCUAGCUGCUUUCACCCUGCCUGGCACAUUUUGGAUGUAUUCCGCAAUCACUAUCAUCGGUGCCAUAAUACUGUACUACUAUCUUCCGGAGACGGAGGGAAAGAGCCUUAUCGAAAUAGAGCAAUACUUUGCAGUGAAACGAAAGGACAGCAUUCAUUUAGAUUUGGAAGCAGAAUUAAGUCCUCCAAAACCGAAAUCGAGAUACUCGGUGGCUUCAAUUGCCAUGCCACCUCCACCUCUUCCACCACGAUCGCAUCCUUUGAAAGACGACCUGGGACGAAUUCGUAAAACCUCUCACAUUGCACAAACGCGGAAGAUUUCCGAAACGUCGGCCCAUGCACGUAAAAUAUCGGAUGUAUCCAGGAAGAUAUCAACUACCUCUUCAAUACACUCGGCUCAAUCUUACACGAUGACUGAAGGUCCGAAGCCAAUCUCGGCGAUGAUCGAAUACUACCGUCAAAUUUCUGCUGGAAGGAACCCCCUUUCAUUACCUCCCGUUGCAGCAUCCGUCGACCAAUCGACGCUGAUUUCAGCUCCUCAAUCAAAAACCAUAGCGAUAACACAGCCGGCAAAACCUCAAUCCACGGAUCAUAGCUCAUCAACUCAGCAGCGGUACAGAAAAAUAUCGGAAACGAAACGCAAAAUUAGCAGCAUACUCAACCCAGUACUGGAAGUUCCAUCACAUAUAACACCCGUAGAGCAAGCGUCCAAACCCAUGCACUACAACCCGCGCCCAAUACGUAAACCUGUACUAGCGUUGGAUGGUUUCGACGUUCGGAACUGGGAGAGCAAUAUUAAGUUCGAGGAAAUGCUCCGCAAGCGACGGAAGAACGAUGAUUGGAAUGAUGUAGAGCCACAGCAAUCGGGCACUUCCGUCAGUCAACAUGACCUGAGGCAGUUGGAACAGCACAUUCAGCAGCGCGAUGCUCAUAUUAUGGCUAUGGAUCGACGAAAGAGUAGACAGAAGUCGGGAAGUUUGAAAAAGCUAACCAACGGGUAUUCCAAUCCGGCUUUCGAAGGCAGCAAUGAGGAUGAUGUGCAUGAAACUAAAAUGUAACGGGAGAGCUUCCUGUGGGGUA